AUGGCGAGUGAACUCCCAGCUUCUGAUCAAGAUGCCAAUGUCAGACCGGUGUUUAGCGAAGAGUGGGAAGGCUUUGAGGCGGUUCCGUAUGAAAAGGAAAACCUUUACAAAGAGCCCGUCCUCACUCACAACAGCAAGAAUACACAGGAUUUCAAUCACUUUGUUGUUGAAAGUGAGGUGAAGUCGGUUGGCGACAAAGUUCGCGAAUUUUUGCUGUCGUUGCAGUACUUCCGCGUAUUCAUUGCCUUGUGGAACAUUCUUCUCUCAUUAAUUAUGACCACAGUAUCUGAUAUUGGUAGCCAUAUUUCUAGUGGAAUGGAUUUCCUAAGUUCUGCAGAUGCAAUUCUCAAGAAAACUCUUACAUCAGUCCCCGCUGGUCGUCCACGUCGUGGUGCAGGCGGUGACAAGCAGAAGCAGGCCUUGAGUGAGGACUCAGUUGAAGACGAUCUCUAUAUCAGUAAUGUUUUGCAAGAACUACGAGUAGAGUUGGAUGUUAAAAGGCGAGAAGAAGAGAGGUUACAGAAAGAAAUUGCAGAUGUCCUCACUGAGUGUGCUUCAGGAGUGCCGCGCGAUCAUCAAAGUCGAGCUUUCGGAUGCCGUCCCGUGAAAAUGCCCAUGCUGGUAUCUGCCCUUGACGUAGCUAAAACUCGUGUGGUGGAAUGUCUUCAGCUUGCGGGAGACAUGCAUGACUUAGUGUUGAUGAAGCAUAGCACGAAGACUACGAACAAGCCGACUCAGCACAUCCACCGCUUCCUCACCCUCGAUCGGGAGCGUUUCCCAUCAAUGCUGGUCAAAAUGUUUCACACAGCUAUGAGGUGCUCACAAACGCUGCAGCCCGACUCAAAGAAAUUUUGGGAAAAGAAGCUCGAAGCAGCUGUUGAAGCAGAAGACAUACCGUCUAUGCAGAGAUUUGUGAAACUGUUCCCUCUCAUCAAUGAACAUGAUAGUGGCCUUACUCGAUUUGGGAAGUAUCUGAGCAAACAGAUCGUAAAGAUAGGAAGCGACAAUCUCAAAAUCAUGGAUGCCGGUGGAACAGACGACAAGCGGAUCAGCGUUCUCUAUGCUGACACGUUAUUUUUGUUUUUCGAAGGCAUCGCAGCCUUACUAGAGACGAAUCAGCCACUUAUUGAGAGUGCUUAUGGGCCUGAUAAAUUGUUGGAUUUCAUAAAUAUGCUACAAGUCGACAUCGAUCAAGUUGUGGGAAAAGUGAUCGAUGCGUUUGCUAAAAAGCGACAGUUAGAGAAACGGCUGAAAGCAGUUCAGCGCCUUCUGCGAGAAGAUCGUCACAGUGAUAAAGGGGAAGUGGAGCGUUUGGACGCCCUUGAGCUGGAUAAGUUGUUAUCGGAGAUUUGUCUCAUGAACACGCACACAGAAAUGUACUGGAGAUUUGUACGUAGACGACUCAAAGGAGCAUCUCUUGAAGCGGAUCAAGAGGAG